CCAUCCGUGCAAUACAAAGAUGAAAAUAAAAUAGAAGAUGUCCACAGCAAAAAAACAAAAAUAGGAAAAAGCUUUUUGCAGAAGAGAAACCAAGUAAGCUUCCGAAACCAGCCACACCAUAUCUCUUACUCAACAUCUCUCAACCCCUAUCAAACCAAACCAAACCAAACCCAAAUCUCUCAAACAAACAUCAUCAUAUAAUUAUUAACAUAUACUAUUUCAAGUCCAAAAAACACAAACAUGAAGCUAACAUCGAAAACCAUUUCAAGUCCAGCUCGUACAGAAAAAUUUCCACCACCAUUAAUGAGAUUCUUAAGAACCAAUGCAGGAAGUAGAAGCAGUAGAAGGUCAAGGUCAAGUCCCAUGUUUGUACUUCGUAAAAAAAAUACCACCACUAUUGAAACUCUAGAACCUUCUUCUCCUAAAGUCACUUGCAUGGGUCAAGUUAGAGCCAAACGCUCCUCAAAAUCAAAAUCAAAAUCAAAAUCAAAACAGAAACAAACCCCCAAAACUAACCGCUGGUGGAUUAAAAAGCCCAGCCCAUGCCGUUGUCGGCCCGUUUGGCCCAAAUGGAAUUUCUUUAGAAGAAAAAAACCGUCAAAACCUAAACAAGAUUCAGUUAUUAAUAUUAUUACAUCAGAGUGUAACAAUAAUUUCAACAUAGAAGAAGAAAGAGUGAGUGUUAUUAGUGUUGAAUCUGUUGAUAAUGGUUUUGGUUCAAAUUCUCCUCCGAAAAAUGCUUUGCUAUUAACGAGGUGUAGAUCUGCACCGUAUAGAUCUUCUUCUCUUGCGAGUAGGUUUUGGAGUUCACCUUUGAGAAGUGAAGAAACAGAGUCUACUUCGGUUGAUGAUGAUGAUAAUGAUAAUGAGAAAUCGAGUUCGCAAUCGAUGCAGAGAGAGUCGAUUUCUGAUAAAGAGGAUUCGGUAGGUGAAAGAAUUGGUUCAGAUUUGGAAAAUGUUGAAGAGUUGUUGUUGAAGAGAAGGGUAAAAAAGGAAGAAGAUGAAGAAUGUGCGGUGGCGGUGGCGCGUCCUGUUGUACUGACUAGGUGUAAAUCGGAACCGGCGAGAGUAGAUUACAGAAUUGCCCCUGAGGUAAAUAUUAAUUUGUGGAAAAAGACAAGGUUGGGUUUUGCUGUUACUUCUUCUCCUCUCCACAUAAUUUCUGAUUAAUUAAUUAAUUAAUUAUUAUAUUACUUUAUCUGAUUAAUUUUUUUUCUUCUUCAUUAUUAUUAUUACUACAAAAUCAGUUGAAUAUAAUGAUCCUCUGUUUUUUAUGCUUUGUGUUGAUAAG